UCCAGUGUACAUGAAAUACAUGAUACAUUACAGAAUAACUCAGAGUAAAUGACUAUCACCGAUAGGCUAAGACUUAACGUGGCUACAGUUCAGAAUAAUCUGUAAGAGAAAAACUGUGUGUGUGAUACACACAGGAGUUUGGUAACAAGUUCUCAAAGUAUGAACAAAUGUGUAUUCAAGUAGGAACGCAGCCCCAGCCUGAAUUACUUAACGCUUCGUGUUACUUAACACUUCGCUAGUAAAAACAAAAGACACGAAAACAAACCCAGACUCUAGUCUAUUCAACUCAAUUAAAAUAAUCUGUCCAGACAACAGAAAUGUGCUUAAUAACCAGUCAACCCAACCUACAGUUUUAAUCCAGUCACUUUAAAAAUACAUCAAUCAGAAAGCAUACAAUGCAAGAAGACAUAACACAUUUUGGCAGCUCUUUAUAAGCUCUUGAAAAAAAGUAAACACCACAAUUUCAUUCACACGGUAACAUUCAUUUAGUCAAAUCAAGUUUUAUCAGUCUUCACACCUCUCCUGGCGCCAGUGACCACAGGACUUCCGUGAGAACAUCUCCUCCUGGAAACUGCCACAGCGAAAGUGUGACUCUCGUAUCUGACAAGCAGAGGGAAGACAACCAUCAUUUCUGAGAGGUUCAUCUUGUCAAAUGAAGGUAUGACGUGGGAUGAAGGGCAGAGCUACUGCAGACAGCACUACACAGACAUGGCCAGUGUGAGGAACCUGGCUGAGAGCAGGAAGAUAGGGAGCAUUGUACCGAAGGGAAACUGGGUGUGGAUCGGCCUGUUCAGAGACUGGAGCUGGUCGGACCAGAGUAACUCUUCAUUCAGAUACUGGCGUUCAAGAGCACCCAAUAAUCGCUACGGGAACUGUGUGUCGAUGUUCGAUAAAUCAGGCAAAUGGGAAGACUACACAUGUGGAACAAAACUUCCCUUCUGUUGCUACGGUGCUCCCGCAGUGACGAAGACUCAGCAGGUGGUGCGAGUGAAGCUGACCCCAAAAGACCAGAACAUGGUCCUGACUGAUCCUGCCAUUCAGGAAGCCAUCUUGCAGCAGAUAAAGAAGGAAUUGACUGAGAAGGGGAUGUCUGAUGAUGUCAAAUUGAGAUGGAAGGAGCAGCCUGAUGGGAAGAUCUUCCACAAGGAAGAAAAGGGGAAGAAGUAAGAAGGAGAAACUGAACCGAGUAUGAAGCUGUAAAUACUAUUACAGUAGAGACUAAGGGGACUUUUCUGACCAACAUCCCAUUUACAGCUCGACUUGCCAAAACCCUGAAAACUAACCCUUACCGUAACCCUAACAAUAUCCUUAACCAACCCCCUAACCUUAACCAAACACAUAACCAAUGACGUAUAUAAACCCUGGAUUGUUGAUGCUACAGUAUUUAUUGGCCAUUGAGAGACUUUGAAGCCACCGGUCGGCCAUAUUGGCACUCCCUAGUAGGAGCAGUCCUCCAAUGGAAUUGAAUAGAAUUCUACAGUAUUUCAAUUAAAAUGGACAAAAUGACAUGUUUUUAAGUAUGUUUUGUUGUAGUGGGGACAGGAACAUUAGUACUCUCCAAAAAUAAAUACUUUACGGAAUGUUUUUAAAAUAUAUUGUUUCAAUUUUAUGUUCAGCUUACAUAGUAUAAUUUUAAAGUAUGCAUUAAGGUGUCUGUUAUAGAAUAAAUAUGUCAAAACGGAUGUAGACAUUAAUAAAUGCAUUUCUAUAGCUUCCAAAAUAUUUUUACAAUUGGGGAGGAGUGCCAAGAUAGCUGCACCAGUAGCUUGAAUACAGAGCACGAUGCCAGUCAUCCAGGGUUUGUACACAUCAUAGCACGUAACCCUAUUCUUAACCCUAACGUUCACCUGAUUCUAACCAAUUUGGAUAUUAAAUAUUGUCUUUCACCUCAGUCACGUCCCCUUAGUUUUUUCUUACUGUCUCAUAUCCCUUAUAUUCUAAUUUUCACACUCUAGCCAGUAGUUAUUUUGUAAUAAUGAUACAUUAUGUCAAAUUGCAUUUGGAUUGGGUUUUCGCACUUAAUGCUGUUAUGAAUUGUUCAAACUAUAAUUCCAAGACAUGUCUAAAUGUUUCACCUUUCUUGUUACUGAUUCAAUGUAUUUACUUUACUUGUUAUUUCUCAGUUUCUAAGAGUACACAACUAUCUUAACAUGAAACUGUGUGAUUGAUAGAUAGUAACAUUUUUUUUUAAAUGUUUUAACUACUUUAUUUUUAUUAUGAUUCAUAAUUAUUUUCAUAUGGUUUAUAAUGUAUUUUUAAACCAUUCUUACAGCGAUGUUAUUUCCAUUUCAUACUGCAUUUCUACUCUAGUAUGGAUAUACAGUAUAUAAACAUGUUAACAAAUAAUUGUCUCACUCUUUAAACUACUGUUGGUGUAAUUACAUUAAUGAAGUGAAAUACGAUUGAAGUCAAUUCUGAGUCUGACAUGGUUGAUUAGAAGUUAAGAAUCAGCAACUUUAUAUUACCGUACCGUAAUGUCAUGUUUAAUAGAUAACUACUCAUCACAACCACAAAAUACAACAGUAGGGUUCAAAUCAACAGUGUUUUACAAACUAUAGGGUAUGAUAUGUUUAAAAAAACACGUUUUCAACAUUAAAUCUAUUAA